UACGUUUACCGAUUGGUACAUUUCAAAUGACACCGUUGAUUAUAACUAGUUUCCAAGAAUACUUUUAUUUCAUGUAAACUGCAACAUCUAUUAGUGAUUUUCAUUUUUACAUACAUGUGUCAAGGAGCUAUUUAAAGAGUUAUUUGAUUAUUUAAAAAAUGACAGACAUCUUAUACAAAAAGUUACUAAUUCUAGACAUUUCGGUAUGAUGAUAAUCGUAUAGCUGUUCAAAGUUGUCCAAUUAACGAGUUGGUUGAAUAAUGAUAAACAGAGGCACAGGCAUUUCUGAAUAACGUGCGUUCAAAGACAAGCAAGCAUCUUCAAUGCUGCACCCAGCUACAUCUCCGCGUAUUUGUAAGUGGCCGUUAAGAAAAAAAAAAAAGGAAAGCAACCAAAAAUGAAGAAUUAUGAUUUAUUCUUAAGCUUCGCAAAAUUGCUAUUAUUUUCGUGAUUGUCGCCCAUAAAAUAAUACUUUCUCAUUGGUAUGUAUUAUAAAAUUUUUACAGUGUAUUGUAAUCGAAAAGUGCGAUUGAUCGAUGCACUGUGCGCAACGAUGUGCGACAAUAUUCGUUAUGAAAGCAGCAGUUAAGUGACAGUACGUUAAGGAAACGCGAGUAAGAUCAUAUUGUUUCUAUUUCCUUGUUAUAUAAAUUCGAUGGCAAUUGAAAAAAUAUAAAGAGAUAUCUGAAACCGCUUUGAAUAAUUCUUGAACGACGACAUCCGGUUCGUAAACUUUGCAUACUUUUCGGCACGGUAUAGUGUGCAGUGCCAUUCCGAUGAAGACAGAACGGACGAAGUGAAGGAAUUUUUGUCAAUACGAGGGAGACGAAUCAUGGUAAGAUUUAAAAGAGAGAGUGUGCAAACUGAGAGGACGGAUGCACAUACAAGUCGGAGAAAUUAAAAGGGCCAAAAUAAACGCACAUUUUAUUAAAUAAUAAUACAAAAUGGAUGAGUGUAUGCUAAAUGAUUUAUUGGAAUGUUCAGUGUGCUUAGAACGAUUGGAUACUUCUAGUAAAGUAUUGCCUUGUCAGCACACUUUCUGUAAAAAAUGUUUAGAAGAAAUUGUGAGUACGCACAGAGAACUACGAUGCCCUGAGUGCAGAGUGCUUGUCGAUGUUAAAGUCGAUGACUUGCCACCAAAUGUAUUACUUAUGCGUAUUCUGGAAGGAAUGCGCAAUGCUGCACCUAAGAAUAUAAAAACUGUUUCUCGCAAUAAUCCAGGCCCACAGCGGCUGUUUGGUGGUCAUCAAGUUGCUCCAGCUCCUAUUGUAACCACGAAUAUUACAUCUGUUACGCACACUACCGAAGUAGUACGUCAUGCUAAUGCAGCAGCUAAGCAGGUACACUUACACAAUCAGGCAUAUGGCCGGGCCAUAUAUGAUUAUGUGUCUAAAGUACCUGGUGAUUUAAGUUUUAAGAAAGGUGACAUUGUUGUUCUUCGUAAAAAAAUUGAUAACAAUUGGUAUUUUGGAGAGUGCGGUACUAGUCAUGGCGUUUUUCCAUUAUCCUAUGUUCAGGUGAUGACUCCACUGCCACCACAUGUACCACAAUGUAAAGCUUUAUAUGAUUUUAGAAUGACCACUGACGAUGAAGAUGGUUGUCUUACUUUUAAUAAGGGAGAAGUUAUUAGCGUUAUUAGAAGGGUAGAUGAAAAUUGGGCGGAAGGAAAACUUUUAGAUAGAAUAGGCAUUUUUCCAUUAGCCUUUGUAGAACUUAAUAGCGUUGCUAGAGCUUUAAUGAAGUUGUCAACAAAUGUACAACCAGGACCUUCGCGAAUAGCACCACCUACUCCUACCAAUGAAGAAACUACCCCUUUAAUACCAACUGAUCACUCGCGCAACAUUCAAACAACGAGCCAACCUCAUUCGCAAUUAACACAGACUACAACAUUACCAGUAUCAGAUUCUAGUUCAACUGUAUCUUCUGGAGGUAGUUCUACUACAACUACUCCAAAUACACCUAAUAGUUCGAGUACUUCCAGCAGUUCUAGUACUGCUCCUAGUAGUCCUAGUAGUCCUGCUACUUCUCCUUCAGCAGUUGGAAAUAGACACAAUGUCAAGCGUCAUAGUUUUACUGCUAUGAAUACUGGUCAUCAUGCACAUUCCCAUCAUCGACAUAGUGCUGAAAUACUUAGUCCAGCUAUAGACAGUGGCCUUAACAGUGGAAACAAUAGUUCUGCCAAUGAAUCCUCAUCUUUACAAUCAUUAGGUAAUAGUACAGAUCAGAGCUUUCGGCAUAGACGAAGUGGUAGCAGUGAUCUAGUCCUUGCUCAAUCAUCACAAAAUUUACCAAGUAACUCUAAUAAUGGUAGUCAUUUACCAGCUGCUUAUGUAGCUUUGUAUCCGUAUAAACCACAAAAAGCAGAUGAGCUUGAGUUGAGGAAAGGAGGUAUUUAUAUGGUAACAGAACGUUGUCAAGAUGGUUGGUUCAAAGGAACAUCCAAUCGUACACAAAAAUGUGGAGUUUUCCCUGGAAAUUAUGUCGCCCCAGCAAAAUGCCAACGUGGCUUAUGCAGAGGUACAUCAAAUACUACGCAACAUCAGAAUUCUUCAUUGACAACUGGUCAGGGCAAUAAUGAAUCGCGAUUAACUGUUACUUAUACUAAAAACAAAGGGCCUGCACCCCAACCUUACAAUAUAAGAACAUUGCCACCGCCUGCAUUGCCACCUCGUGCUAUUAAUCCAGUUCCGCCUGUAUCAUCUUCGCGACUCAAUCAAAGCCAAGGCAUAACUCAAGAGGAUAGUCCUCCCAGACACAAUGAACAAACCUCUGUUAUAACGCCGCUAGGUCGUAGUCAUAGUGCAGUGAUGACUUCAAAUUUACCUUCUCCAGGUAAACAAGUAUUAUUACAACCUGCUUUAACAACAUCAACAACAGCUGCUAUUGGCAGUAUUACCAAUAACAACAGUACAGCCAUAAAUGCUACUGCUACUGCUGCUAUUUCUACUAUACCCGACAGAAGCAAAAGCCCAAAUAAUACUUUACAUACAGCAAGUGUCUCUGCUCCUACUUCAAGUACGUCUGUAACUUCAAAUAAAACUGGUGAAAAGUCAAAGGAAAAAAAAGACAAAUGUGUUUCUUUGAUGCGUCGUCUAACUAACAUAAAAAAAUCUAAAUCACCCCCACCAGCUACUUAUUCAAUGGAUAAUCCUGUAUUUGAGGAUGGUAAUGCCAUGAAUCCAAUGCAUGUUAGAUCGGGAUCUUGUCCAAGUCAGUUGCUACAGGUGGCACCCACACAGGAAUUAAAUGCUUCGAACAGUGUUCAUCGCAUGUGUCCAGGCUCUGUGCAAGGGCACGUCACGUCCUCACAGAGACUAAAGUUCAAGGAGAGACCCUCUUUACAGGUCUCAGUUUUCGAGAGAUCGAGCGAUACAAGCGGAGUAGUAAUGCCUACAACCGUUGCUGGUAAUCAUCAUCGUAAAAGUAAUUCUUUGGAUACUGGUAUAGGUAAACAAGUGAAACAACAACCUUCGCGUGAACGUGAACGAGUAUAUAGAUUUCGUUGCAUAGUACCAUAUCCACCUAAUAGUGAAUUUGAAUUAGAACUACGAGUAGGUGAUAUAAUUUAUGUACAUAAAAAACGUGAUGAUGGAUGGUAUAAAGGGACGCAGCAACGUACCGGACGCACCGGUCUUUUUCCCGCAAGUUUUGUGGAAGCUUUCUGAGAACCAGCUCAAGGUCGACUAGUACUAGAAACAUGUAUAUAAUUAGCGUAGAACAAUAUAGUUAAAAGAUACUAAGUCAUGACAAAAGUAAAAAUUCAUAAAUAAUUUCUUCAUGAAUUGUCAAUAUUCAAGAACUGUCAAUAUUGCAUAACAAACUAAUGCUCCAAUUAAAAUGUGCAUGAUCAUAAAGAAAUCCCGUAUUACACGUAUAAAAUGUGCUUACAGUUUAUAUACUAUUUAUAUCAGAGAGGAGACAAUGUAAUGUACAUAAAUAUGCUGAUACAUUGAACUUAUACUGCCAUUGAUAAUAUAGUAAGUACAAGGAUGACUAGGAAAUAAUACACGUUUUGUGCAAUGUUUAUACUGCCACUUAAAAGUGACUGUUGUAAAAGAAUAUUUUUUGCUAAUGUUGUUUUAAUGCUUUUUGUUUCAUUAAUUCAAUACGCUGCCAUUGUAAAUAAUGUGUAUAAAUAUUAUAUACAUAUAUAUUCGAAUGAGUACGGGUAUAUAUAACAUACACAUUUUAUCAGUACAUAAAAAUAGCAAUAGCCUUAAUUAAAAAUCAUUCUUUGAAAGUUUGAAUUUAUCUUAACAAUUCGUCAUAUUUACAUAUCACCAAUAAUAUCAUUGAUAUUUUUUAAAUUCUGAAUAAUACUUGUUUUUUUCUUUUAUUAAUAGUAUUAUUAAGUCAAUUCAGGGUGGUACAGAAGUGACAAUUUCAAAAUAAUGUUACUGUAUCCCAUAUAAUGUUUUCUGCUAAUAUUUAUAUUUAUAUUUAUAUUUAUAUUUAAAUUUAUAUAAUACAAAAAUUACUCAUGCUCUGCUAAUUAUUUCAAAAGUUUAUAGUACACUAUCUUUUGGUAUAAAUUUAUGAUCUCUUUUAUAGAUCUUCAUGUACCAAAUAUAUAUAUAUAUAUAUGUAUAUAUAUAUAUAUAUGUAUGUAUCUGUUAUAUAUGAAUCAGUUUAAUCUUCAAAAUAUGAUAACAUUAGAGAAUAUAUACGUUUGAUAAUAUAUAAAAUUGAAGGUAAUGUAAAUAAUAAAAUUGUCCACGUAGCACACAAAAUGAUUGCAUAAGGUAUACCGCAAAAUGAAUGCUUAAGACAUCUCGAUCGAUUAGCAUACACAGCUUUAUAAUACAUUCAUUACUUUCUUAGAUAAAAUAAUCAUGAAUAAAAAUCUGAAAUCUUAAGUAUAUUUAUAUUCAGAAGAACUACUUGUGUUCAAAUGUAUCAUUCUAAACUUAAUCACUUUGAUUAGCAUUGGAGGAAAAUGCUAGGCUGUACUAUAAUUACAAACAAUAAUAUUCUUUAUUCUUAUUGAGCGCAUAUAUAUAUAUAUAUAUAUAUAUAUAUAUAUAUAUAUUUGUGUAGAAAAAAUGGUAGAAUUUUGUAAUAGCGGACUACUUCUCAUAUAACAGUUCUUCAACUAAAUAAUAAAAUAUUUAAAAUUAUAUUAUGCAGUAUAUUUAUAAGUGAGUAUUUUAUAUGAAAUCAAGUUAAAUAAUAUUAUUAGAGGCAACGUAAAAAAAGAGAGAUACAUCAAUUAAAUAUACUACAAAUUAGAUAACUUAUGAUAUCUAAUCCAACAUUUACUUAUUAUCAGUUAAAUAUUCAUGCUACAAAGUUCAACAUUUAAUACAGCAAUAAUAUGGGAUAUCAUAUCUAAUGGCACCAAAUUUAUAUAACUUCAUUAUACUGUAAAUUUAUCCUCUAAUGCUACAUCAAUGAGUUAAUAUAAUCAUCUAUAUACUCGAUAUACAAGGCACCAAUAUAAAUAAAACUAAUGCGAACGUAUAUAGGAAUAUAAUUACUGUAAAUAUAAAAUAUAUAAAUUCCAUGAUAUAUAUUGCAAUAAGAUAUCGUAAUUUUAGGACUUUUUUUAAUAUGUUUUCUUUUUUUAUUAAUUUAUUAAAUCACGAAGCAACGCUCCAUGAUAUUUGUUAUAAAGAACAAUUGAAUCAACUGCACGUAGUUUAUAGUUGGUGCAAUCUGUUAAAUACUUUAUUAAUGAUUUAAUAAUAUUUCGUACGUAAAAGGAAAAAUAAUAUUUAAAUUGAAUUUUGGAGCUGUAUAAAAAUUGUAAUUUGAAUAUAUAUAUAUAUAUAUGUUAAAUUUAUUUAAGUUAUAAUAAUUUACAAUAUUUCUUCAGGACUGCAAAUGGGACACAUUAAUUAAUUAUUCGAUAAUAAUAAAUCAGUACGGAAUAUUUCUGUCAUUAGUAUAUAAUAAUCGAUAAAAUUUAUCUUGAUGUUGUGUCCACAGUAUCUACAAUUAUACGAAUAUUUAAAUGAUAUUUAAAUAAUCGAUAUAUAAGAGUUGUAAUAAAACAAUGAAUGCCUGUCACCAAUUUUUAUGUGUAUAUAUACAUAUAUAUAUGUAUGUAUAUAUAUAUAUAUAUAUAUAUAUGUAUGUGUAUAUAUAUGUUUUUUCAUUUACUUCAUGUUAUUUAAUAAAAAUAGCACAUCUUAAUGUAUACUAAAAGUAUAGUAUUCCUAAAAUAGAAAUAAAAAGCCAAGACGAAUGAUGCAUUGCAGUUUAGCUCAUUCAUGCGGCCUACGAAUGAUUGCGUUCGAUAUGAAAUGCAAUUAGACAGAUAGUAUAGUUUGAAAUGAGAUACUUUCGUGGUGCUGAUAAUUUAAAAAUGUGCUUGGUAACAUAUCCCUCAGACUAUAUAUAUAUGUAUAUGUAUCGUUUCAUACAUGGACGUAUUAAUAAUAUUAUAUAAUAAAAUCUGAAAUUUUCGGUGCUAAUGAAAACAUCGGCUAUUAGUAUCAAUAUUUUAGAUGAAAUAAAGUUCGCGACGAAUUAACGGACAGCGAACAUUUUAUCAUUUUAAAUGCUUCUCGCGUUACGAAUGCGUGAUAACGAUUAAUUCAUCACUCAAUUAUUGAAGGUCAUUGGAAAUAAAAAAGAUAUUCAACAGUAUUCGAGAAUAUUAUUGACAAUUAUCUUAUAAAUAUCGUCCGAAUUGCGUUUAGAUUUUUGGAUUUCUUACACAUUGGGAUAUACUAACGAAAAAUAAAAGUUAAUAACAUGAUUGGAAAGGUAUUAUGUUGGCAAUUUUACUUUCACAUUUUAUUCAUCAGAAUUGUUGCGCACUUAGUAGUACACAUAAGAAAGAUAAAAAAAUGAUAAAAAGUUUGCAAAAAAAUAAAGUCAAGUAUCAAAGGCAAAGAUCAAACCGAUAUAUUUAAUAUCUAUUUAGAACAGAUUUUUAAUAGAAAAUAAUAAUCUAUAAAUAUAUCAAGUGCAAAAAUGAUAGUGCAUUGACAUAUGAGCAUGCGCUGUCCUGUUUGUAGCUUCUUUAUUGUGUUGUUAAUUAUACAUAGUACAGUGCUGACACGCAACUAUAGACAUAAUAUCCACACAGUUACUGUCAUAUUUAGUAUGCGUCAAAGGCUUGUCGAAGGUAGUUUGUCUUAAUGCUUCUUCGUCGAUUGAGUUGCAUCUCACAGGCAUGUAGGUUGAUUUUAAUUUGAAUUGGAUUGUGGAUCGAAUCAGCUAUGAUUCGCAAGAAUAUGAACGAACUUAACGAUAACCGUCAAUAUAUUAUUGGUGGUUUAUACAACUAUUCUUCAAAUAAAAAAAAACAUUAAAAAAUCGAUCUUUGAUCUUGCUUUAUAUAUUAUUAGACAUCUUACAUAUUAUUAGAAAAACGGUCGCUGUUAAAUAAUAAAUCAAAUAUCUUUCUCAUGGUUUUGAUAUUUUUUUCGCAAAAUAUCAAGAGAUUAAGUUGAAAUAUACCGAAGAUAACACGUUACGAAAUAGUUUAGCAGAAAUAGUUUUACAUGUGUGCGAUCACAAUUAGAAUUUAUUUGAUUAAAAACUGAUCAUACUGUAGGUAUUGGAAUAAAUUCUUGUCAUGAUGAUACAAG